AGGUAAGCCGUUUGACGCUUAAAGGCCUUAAACGAAGGGCAACCUCAGAUAACAUAAGAAGCGCACUCGCAACAGGGGAAGCAGAGCACUGCAGCCUCAUCAUUUCAGGGCCAAACAAAAGAGAAAGCAAAAGAGAAAAAGAGGAAGCAAAGAGAGAGAGAGAGAGAGAGAGAGGGCAUAACAAAGAGAGGAAUUCAAGGAAGAAGAAGAAAAAGGUUGGAACACGAUGCAGACUGAGCAGCAAACUCAGCAGAACAACCAGUUGGUAGUGCAGAAUUCGGGGAGCCUAAGCUUCAGUAGUCACUUGUCUAAGGAAGAUGAAGAGAUGUCAAGGUCUGCUCUAUCAACCUUCAGAGCCAAAGAGGAAGAGAUUGAAAGGAAGAAGAUGGAGGUGAGAGAGAAGGUUCAGCUCCAGUUGGGUCGAGUCGAAGAAGAAACCAAGCGUCUUGCUACCAUUCGUGAGGAAUACCAGGAGCUUGAAGCCCUGGCAGAUCCAAUGAGGAAGGAGGUUGGACUUGUCCGAAAAAAGAUUGAUUCCGUAAACAAAGAAUUAAAGCCACUAGGUCAUACCUGCCAGAAGAAGGAGAAAGAAUACAAAGAAGCCCUUGAAGCUUUUAACGAAAAGAACAGGGAAAAAGUCCAGCUAAUCACCAGGUUAAUGGAGCUUGUGAGCGAAAGUGAAAGAAUGAGGAUGAAGAAGCUGGAGGAGCUGAGUAAGAACAUAGAUUCCUUGCAAUGAUUUAGCCAACUGCUAAUGACUCUGAUUAGGGCUUGUGUGGUAUAUUAAAGAUGACAUAGUAUAUUUAUAAGUAUGGGUGUCUUGUGCUUGUGUAAUUUUGUGGUGUUAAUGUUUGUUUUACUAGCAUUUGAUGGGACAUUAGCUAAUUUAGGAGGGUUAUACCCUGCAAACAGGCUUGUAACUAAAUACUUGCAUUUUGUUGUCUUUUUUUUUUCACCCCUUCAAUUCACUUUUCUCGGCUUUGUUCUCCUUAUUUAAUUUAUUGAUGUAAUUUGAAUUUUGUUCCCACGAAGGAUGGUUCCAAGUUCCAACAAAGCCCUGGUGUGUUUUGUUAGCA